UUGCCCUUCGCCUCCCGCAUCCACCUCGGCACGGGUUCUGUCCUCGCCAUCGCCCUCUCGGUGCUCUUCGUCUCUCGCAGGCUCUUGCGACGCGCGAGUCGCGCGAAGAAGGUCAGGAGAGAGGAUGAGCGGGUCGUCAUUCUGGGAGCGUCGAGCGGCAUCGGACGCGCCCUAGCACACGAGUAUGCACGCAAAGGCGCGCGAGUGUGCGUUACCGCUCGCAGGCACGAUGAACUGAAGAAGGUCGUCGACGAGUGCAAGGCACUGCAGCACACUGCAGACGUCGCUGAUCAAAAAGAUGCAACAGUACUCAGCGUUGCUGCGGACUUCACAAACGUGGACGACAUGGUCCACUUGCGGGACGUGUUAGAGCAUGAUUGGAGCGGGCUUGACACGCUAGUUGUCUGCGCGGGCGUGAGCGCACUUCGACCGUUGAUGGAGGUUGCCGGUCUCGAGCGAGACGGGCGGUCAUUCACGCCCUCCCAAGCGACAAUGGAAGGCAUCAAACACACAGUAGACGUCGCAAGCAAGGCUGUGAACGUCAACUACAUUGGACCACUUGUGUCUGCAGUCACACUGCUCCCUCUCCUCCAGCGUAGCUCACCCUCACCCUCCGUCCUCCUGUUGUCCUCUCUCGCUGCCCUCGUCCCCGCUCCCACACGCGCCCUCUACGGCUCCUCCAAAGCCGCCUCCCUCAUGCUCUACCAAUCCCUCGCCAUCGAGCACCCGGCCGUCACCUUCACCUUCGCCAUCCCCGCCACCGUCCGCGGCGACUUCCGCGCGUCCGCCGUUGAUGGCGGAUCUGUGCGUGAGGCGAAUCCCAACACACAUGGUGCGAGGCCGGAGGAUGUUGCACGGAGGUGCGUACAGGCUGUGGACGCGGGGGAGAAGUUUGUGUGGAUACCAUAUAUGUUCAGCAAGCUCGGGCAGCUCUUAUAUUGGGUCUUCCCGGGCUUCGUAGAGGGAAUGGCGAGUAAGAAGUACAACUUCGCUGCAUGAUCGUAUGUAAUAUAUAGGAUGCAUGGCCACAGAAUCCACUGGGUGCAUACUGCCUACACACGGAUUUGCCCUCCCUUACAACAAGAUAACCUCGCGAGAUGCGGUGCCAUACGAUUGUGCACUGUCUGGGAUGGCACGGACCACCAACUGCAU